CUGCACCGGCGGCGGGCGGCCCUCCCGGGCUGACGCUGCCGGCGGCUCCCGGCGCCGCCUUUGUCCGUGCGGGGCUGGCGGCGCGGCCCCGGCGCAGGCUUGCCCCGAGCUGGCCGGAUCGGUGAAUGAUGCUCUUUGACUCGGUCCUGUUCCCAUAGCUGUGAAGGCUCGGGGUGCAGGGAAGGCAGCUGUGAACAGAUGUCGGUGACGUUUGAGGACGUGGCGCUCUACUUCUCCCCCAAGGAGUGGGCAGAGCUGUCGGGCUGUCAGCGGCAGCUCUACCGGGAGGUGAUGCUGGAGAACUAUGAGAUGGUCGCCUCACUGGGCUGGGCCACCGUCAAACCAGAGAUCAUCUGCAAGAUGGAGCGAGAAGAGACACCGUGUGUGCCAGAGCCCCCCGGGGAGCAGCAGAGGCACCAGAGCCCUGUGCCAGCCGUCAGCCCCAGCAUGCAGAGGCAGUCCGAGGGGGUUCCCAAGGAGCUGCUGACACCCACCGCUCUGCUCCUGGGAAUGCCAAACCCGGGCAGGAGUCAGCAGGGGAGCUCUGCCUGUGACCAGCCCGGUGGGAUCCAGGGAGACCGUUUGGAGCGCCCACACCUAUCCCCGCACCCAGAGCCCCGGUCAUUGGAGAAGAUCCCCGCCACGUGCUCCAAUUGCGACAAGCUAUUCAAGAGCCAGUCGGCGCUGGAUGGCCACGUGCAGAGCAACAUGUGUGAGCGUCCCUUCCACUGCACCGACUGUGGCAAGAGCUUCACUCAGAAGGCAAAAAUGUUGAUGCAUCAGCGCGUCCACACCGGGGAGAAGCCCUUUCCCUGCUCUGACUGCAGCAAGACCUUUUCCCAGAGGUCGAUCCUCCUGACGCACCAGCGCAUCCACACUGGGGAGAAGCCCUUCAUGUGCACUGAGUGUGGCAAGAGCUUCAGGCAGAAGGUGAACCUCAUCAGCCACCAGCGCAUCCACACCGGGGAGAAGCCCUUUCCCUGCACUGACUGUGGCAAGAGGUUUGUCCGCAGGGACAGCCUGCUGAGGCACCAGCGCAACCACACGAGGGAAAAGCCCCUUUCCUACAGGGAUUGUGGUGAGAGCUUCAGAGACAGGAAGAGCCUCAUCAACAACCAGCUCAUCCACACCAGGGGCAAACCUUACACCUGCAGUGACUGCAGCAAGAGCUUCGGGGAUAAGGUGACCCUCAUCAUCCACCAGCGCAUCCACACUGGGGAGAAGCCCUUCGUUUGCAACAAAUGCAGCAAGAAGUUUAUCCAGAGGCCUCACCUGAUACGCCACCAGCAAAUCCACAGUGGUGAGAAGCCCUUCACCUGCAAUGAAUGUGGCAAGAGCUUUGUCCUUAGGCAGCACUUGGUGCGCCACCAGCGCAUCCACUCUGGGGAGAAGCCCCUUUCCUGCACCGAGUGCAGCAAGAGCUUCAGGGGGAAGGUGACACGAAUCAUCCGUGAGUGCGUCCACACCAGGGAGACUCAGUUUGCCUGCACCGACUGCGGGAAGAGCUUCAGGGAUAAUAGUGCCCUCAGCAUCCACCAGCGCAUUCACACUGGGGAGAAGCCCUUUCAUUGCAGUGACUGUGGCAACAGCUUCAGGGAGAAGUCGACCCUCAUCAUCCAUCAGCGUAUCCACACUGGGGAGAAGCCGUUUGCCUGCUCUGACUGUGGCAAGAAUUUUGUCCGCAGCGACAGCCUGCUGAGGCACCAGCGCAUCCACACUGGGGAGAAGGCCUUCACCUGCAAGGACUGUGGUGAGAACUUCAGGGAGAAGUCGACCCUCGCCAUCCACCAGCGCAUCCACACUGGACAAAAACCCUUCGCCUGCACAGACUGCGGCAAAAGCUUCAGGGAGAAGAAGCACCUGAAGAGACACCAGUGUGUUCACCAGGAUCCAGGGCUUAUGCCCGAGAGUGGUGGGCAGGAAAGCGCAGGUCCAUCCCCAGCAGGGGGGCAGGCAGAGGCCAAGCCCUUCCAGUGCGGUGUCUGCGAGAAGCGGUUUUGGAAGGAGAGUCUCAUGCUGGCUCACCAGCGCACCCACGGCACCCCCAGCCUGCAGCCGCCUCCGCAGCCCGGCACCCCCUGAAUCUGCUGCUGAGGGGCCCGUGGGGUCUGGGGGCUGCUGUGGGGGAGUGUCCUGGUUUUGUAUGCGAUAGAGUAAAUUUUCUUCUAAGUAACUGUGCUAAUUUAGUGCUGUGUUCUGGACUGAGAAUGAGAAGAAUGUUUGUAAUACAUGGAUGUUUUGAGUUGUUGCUGAGCAGUCAAGGAUUUUUCAUGUUCUGGUGCCCUGCCAGCUGGGAGGGGACACAGCCGGGACAGCUGCCCCAAAGUGGCCAAAGGGCUGUUCGUUACCAUCUGAUGUCAUGGUCAGUACAGAAACUGGGGGAAGGAGAAUGGGGGGACUGUGGGUCAGGGACAGGUCAGUGGGUGAUGAGUGAUUGCGCUGUGCAUUGAUUGUUUUGUGUAUUCUUACAUCACCAUCAUUGUCAUUAUUCCUUUCCUCUUCUAUCCUAUUAAACCGUCUUUAUCUCAACCCCUGAGUUUUACACAGAUCACUGGAUCAGCCCAAUUGAAGGCUUCUAUCAGGUAUUUACCUUAAAUAAAUACAUUUAAAUAGAAUGUA